ACCACUUGACACUUCUAAUUUGACAGUCGAAGUUUGUGGUCGCCGGGCGCAUUGGAUUCUCCGCAGAAACUAAGUGAAAACAUUGUAAACAUCGACAAAAUGGCUCUUCGCGUGCAAUUCGAGAACAACGACGACAUCGGUGUGUUCACUAAAUUAACAAAUGCUUACUGUUUGGUGGCCAUAGGCGGUUCCGAAACAUUUUACAGCGUGUUUGAAUCUGAGCUGGCGGAAACGAUUCCUGUUGUUCACGCGAGUAUCGGUGGCUGUCGCAUCAUCGGCCGCCUUUCUGUCGGCAACAAAAAUGGGCUCCUGGUACCGAGCUCGACUUCAGAUGUGGAACUCCAGCAUCUCAGGAACAGUCUGCCGGACAGCGUCAAGAUCCAGAGGGUGGAGGAGCGGCUUUCGGCGCUUGGGAACGUGAUUGCUUGCAAUGAUUAUGUCGCACUUGUGCAUCCCGACCUGGACAAGGAAACAGAAGAAAUCAUUGGCGACGUCCUGAACGUGGAGGUGUUUCGCCAAACAAUCGCCGGCAACACGCUGGUCGGCUCCUACACAGUACUCAGCAACCAGGGCGGCUUGGUGCACCCGAAAACCUCGACACAGGACCAGGACGAGUUGUCGUCGCUGCUGCAAGUCCCGCUGGUCGCAGGCACUGUGAACCGCGGCAGCGAAGUCCUCGCCGCCGGCAUGGUCGUGAACGAUUGGUGCUCGUUCUGCGGCAUGACCACCACCUCCACCGAGCUCUCAGUCAUCGAAAGUGUGUUCAAAUUGAAUCAAGCGCAGCCGACGAGCGUCGUGACGAAGCUCAGGGCGUCCCUGAUAGAGUCGAUGUCGUAAGGCUAAGGGAAAUUAGGGAAUAAUUCGACGGGAAUCCUUUGUUUAUGCGCGUUCAGUGAAUUGAUUAAGUGAAAUAUUGUAAACAUAAAACUUUUCUUAGGAAUUAAAUUGAGAAUGGUUUCGGGUGCAACAUCUGAGGCUAAUGUGAAUAUAAAAA